AUGUCAACAAUUUUUCGUACAAAAUAUUUGAGUGAGCAACAACUUUCUGGAUUUAAUAAAUAUAAAUAUGCUUGUAUAGAUAAUUCUCCAAUUUCUGUGUAUAUUUCACAUCCUUUUUGGAAUUGGAUUGUUGAGUUUUAUCCUCGUUGGUUACCUCCAAAUGUUUUAACUCUUGGUGGAUUUUUAAUUUUAAUUUCUUCUUUUAUUUUGGUGUCUAUUUAUGAUUAUAAUUUUAAUUCAAAUACUUUUGGUUUCAAACAAGAAGAAGCAAUUCCAAAUUGGAUUUGGUUAGUUUGUUCUAUUGCUACUUUUUUGGCUCAUUUACUUGAUGGAACUGAUGGAAAGCAGGCGAGAAGGACUGGAUCGAGUGGACCGACAGGAGAAUUGUGUUGUAUAUCUCCAUAUACAAUGCUCUGUGUUUUAAUAUCGGUUCAACUUGUAUUUAUUUGUAGUCAUUGGGAAAAAUAUAAUACUGGAGUUUUGUUUUUGUCUUGGGGUUAUGAUGCUAGUCAAUAUGGACUUUGUAUUUUUCACCUUUUCGCCUUCUUUGCAAAUCCAAAAAUUUUUCAUUCUAAUUUGGUUGAAGGGCUAAGUCUUGCCUAUUUUAUUGCUACAACAUUUUUUAUUUCUUGUAUUCUUUCUUUGGCCAGUUGUUUGUAUAAUGUUUACCAUGCUUAUAUAAUUUCAAAAACGGGAGUACAGGUUUUUAUUUUAUUUUUAGAACAAAACAGCUUAAAUUUUAAUGGAUGUUAA